AUAAGGCGGUCUCCAGCUAGAUCCACGCUCUACAGAAUACCGAUUGAGAAUAUUACAGAUAAAGUACGUUAUUGUUGCUGUUUGCGGCGAUAAGGACUUUGAAUCGGUAUGCUGUAGGACGUAUGCCUGUGACAGAGAGUGGCACAGUGAGGCUGUUGAGGCUGCCUCCCACCAAGAAGAGUUGCUCAGUAAACUUGUCUAGGCUUUCUGUGAUAAAGAGGUGCUCAGUAAGGCUGUCAAGGCUUCUUGUGACAGAUAAUUGGUGCUCCGUAAGGUUGUGUAGGUUACCUGUGACAAAGAAGAGGUGCUCAGUAAAGUUAUCUACUCUGCCUGUGACGCAAAAGUGUUGCUCAGUAAGGUUGUCUAGGCUGUUGAUGGCAACCAUUGCCCAGAAGUUGGGCAAACAGGGUAGCGAAUCCAUGGGCUUACCCCAUGGAGAGGAGACAGAGGAGCAGACUGAUCCACACAAAAAGCCUCAGGCAGAGGCGCAGACCAAUCCACAUGAAAAACCACAGGACACCAAUGGGGAGGCUGUCUGUGCUGCAUCUGAACAAGGCCAGGAUCUGCCUCCAGAAGAGCUUCCUGUACCAUCUUCCACCCCGGGAAAUCGUCUACAGAGAAAAAGAGUCCCUAAUCCGAAAUAUCAGAGAGAACCAGACACGACCAACCUACAAUGUCCUGACUCAACAAAAAAGCCAAGGAAAAAGAUGGGCCUGAAAAUAUCCGUAGUCUCUAACACAGAAACUGACCAGCAGGAGCCUGACAAAAAGACCCCAAAACCGAAACCCCCCAAAAAGACACCUGCCAAAAAGAUACCACAGAAAAAGGCACCACAGAAAAAGCCAGUGGUCUCGAGCAUAGACAGUGACAAGGGGCUUAUCAAACAGACCCCUGCCAAGAAGACCUCUGCCAAGAAGAUACAAAAGGAAACACCACAGGUCAACUCCACGCCCGCCCCUGCAGUCCCGGAACUGAGGGAGACCCCAGAGGAGCCUGAAACCACCCCUAGUGGCAGACCCAAGCGGAGGGCAGCAAAAGCUGCAUUGCAGUACCUCCGUACCCUGGCCAAGGAGGUAUACAACCAACCUGACAAUGGUACUAAGAACGACUGGGAGUCUAGCCCAGUCCCCAGCCCCAGCUCAACCCAGCCCCAGAAACGGACCAGAGGCAAGGGCAAGAAGAGGAAGGCCCCUGAUUUUGACAGUGACAACGCUGCAGAGGAUGUGGACUUUGUUCCAGAAAAUCAAGACACUGAGGCGGAAAGUGAGGAUGAAGAUACUCAAGAAGACUUAGACUUGGAGAAGAGGCACACACCACUGAAAGACCUUAGAUCCAGACGCAUUUCCAGAGGUCUUUCAAGUCAAGUUCGAUACCAUGGUAAUUCCCCCAAUGGACUGUCAAACAACAUGAUGGGACCCAUCUGGAUGUGCACCAAAACCACCAAGACCUUCCGUGAUGAACACUGUAACGAAUGGGUCUUUGCUGAGUGGAUGCCUUCAGAGAAGGAUUGGCAUUGCUUGUCGGACAGUGAGGCUGAGAAGUAUCUACCGCAGGAGAUGAUGUCAACAGCCUUCACCUUCUCCAGAGAGGGCAUCAGGGAGGAGACUCCUCUGCACAGAAUGAAGAGGUUUGAGUGCCUGCCACCCCACCCUGAGCGCUGGGACAUGCUAUUCUAUACGGGCGGCCCGGUGUGGGCCAUGGACUGGUGCCCCUCCCCCGAUGGCGCCCCUGCCAGCCAGUACGCUGCCAUCUACUGCCACAGGAACCUGGACGACCAGCACAGGAUGAAUGAGUUGUACACCAAACCUGGACUCAUCCAGAUUUGGGACCUGGGACAACUCCAGUACAACACCAGUCCCCAGUCCUCUCCACGACUGGCUUAUGCUAUUGCCCAGGAUAAAGGCUUUGUGUGGAACCUGAAGUGGUGUCCAGGAGGAGCCUGGGAGCUGCCCACCACUAACAGGAAGGCUCCUCAUAUGCCCAGACUGGGUCUCCUGGCUGCCUCCACAUCAGAUGGCCACAUCACUAUCUACAGCCUGCCUCACCCCAACACACUAAUGGCCCGCAGGAAACACACCGCUAAAGGUGGAGCCUGCCCAACACUGAUGAUCUGCCAGGUACAGGGUGUGAUCACUCUGAAGCGGGGCUCCUUCAAGACCAACCACGACGAAAAGAAUAACCAGGUUCUCUCCAUGGACUGGCUGCCUGUCAAACCUCACAACAUCCUGGCUGCUGGCUUCUAUGAUGGUACGGUGGCCCUGUGGAACCUGUCCAGUAAGUCUAUUCUGCAGCGGGUGCGCGCUCCAGACCGCUCCUUCACCCUCUACCCCUACCACUGCUUCAUCGCCCACGACAACGCCACCCGCGCCCUCAGUUUCUGCCACGCAUCCAGAGACCUCAUGGUGACGGCGGGUGAUGACAGGCUGGUGAAGAUGUGGGACCUGAGGAGGACCUGGGAGCCCUGCCAGUCCUUCAAGCGCUUCCUCUCCACCGAGGCGGCCUGGCCCCUGCACUGGGCUGGGGUCUUCAUCUCUCAGGAGAGCACCUACGCCACGUUUGGCCAACAUGGACUCAAUUACUUUGACUCGGGGUAUCUGGGCUUCAAGCCACUCUUUCUGGUGCCACGGAAAGGGACCAUGUGGAGCCUGUCGAUCUCUGAUUGGCUGAACACAGCUGUGACGGCGGACUCGGUGGGAGACGUGAUCAUGGUCCUAAUACCCAACCUGUUCAACAACCCCUGCUACCUCAAACGAUCCAUCGAUCGCAGAUUCCCUGUGUUCAGAACCGAAAUGGUCCAAUUGAAAGAAGAAGUUGAGGAGAAUGAGGGAGGAGUUGGAGAGGAAGGAAGUGGUUCCACCAGUAACGGAACAUCUCAUCAUAGACCUCAGACCUACAGAGAGACAGCCAAGAAGUACUACCUCCACUACCACGACAUGGACAUGAGAACGUUUAAGAAUGUCCAGAGCCGAGCUCCGUGGAAGCACAUGCAGGUUGCAGAGGCCAAAGGGGGACUGUGUCUGGACCUAAUGCCUUUGGCUUCACUAACUAAGGUCCGUUUCAACCCCAACCUGUGUGCCCAGAGCUGGGUGUUGUCUGGGGGCCAGGCGGGCCUGGUAAGAGCCCACUGCCUCAGGGCCAUGAACAGCUCUCACAUUAACAAGAUGGUGCAGGAGAGCCAGGCCCAGUUCAGCACCAUGUUCCCCCAGGACACGACAGACAGCCAGGGGGACGCCAGUGCCGUCAGACACACCACAGAAAAGCUGUAGGUUCCUGGAGGUCUGCUCCCCUCAGUGUACUGCAGUGUAUACCACUCCCAACUUCCUAAGGACUCAAAUUAGGGCUUCGUUCUAACUUUGGAUCCACACAUAGAACUUCCAUGUCAAAAUGAGAUUUUCAUGGAAGUUUGAGUUACAGGAGUGGAUCUCAUGGUAGGAUCCAGCUCCCAAGGAAUGUGAUUGGCUGCUUUGUUUGGACAGUAAGCCCACUGUGUUUUUAUCUUCUGCAAGACCACAAUGUUUUUAUAUUUAACUUAUUUCCAGACGAAAAAACACACGCUAUUUUGCUAGAACUUGUAAAUGUUUUACUAUUAUUUUAUAUAAACAUUUUCUUUUGGUGUGAAUACAUUGUGAACUGAGGACUGACUUGAAGGGUUCUUAUAGAACCCAAACUUGGCGUCAUUGCAAAGCUAUAGCACUUUAGGGUUUUUCUGUUCAUUCAUUCUGAUUAUAUUCUGCCUUUCUUGCCGCUGUUCCUUUUCUAUCACACACUUUCAGGUCCAUGACUUCUGUAUAUCAGGUAUAAACCAUGUUUUAGAUUUAGUCUUUAGUCUCUAAGUCUUUGUCUGUCAAUGUCUGUUUAUUAAAAUUAUAUUUUCAGUCUUUUCUAAAUCUCAUAUUCCCAUAUAUUUUUAUAUAAGUCUAAAGGAGUACCAGGGGCCUGGGUCAAGGCCUCCUGUAGUUAGUAAAUGUACUGAAAGUCUGUUGUUAAGCGUGGACUUAGUUACUGUGAUAAACGCCUGAUGUGUGUAACUAAUCAUGGGUUAUCUCUGCAGUGAUCCAUCCAUGCGUAAUAGAGGCUCCAUUCUAUGUGACUUAUACCUCAAUUAAGAGCUGAUGAUGGCGGAAAAUGGUCCAGGGAGGAUGGGACUCAGCGGUAAUAAAACAGCAGCAGUAAAAGACUAUUAGCAGUACUGCCUUAUAGACUGCAGCAUAUCAGCGGUGAAGCAUGAUCUGUUCUCAGCGGAUAGAAUGGAGACUCAAUGUUCUUUAGUUUAUCAUACUACUGUUCUGAAAAUGUUCAUGAAUUUGAAAACUUUAAAAUGGACUGGGCAUCAAUGAUUUCAA